GCCGCCCGCCCGGGGUGUCCGCCCGCCCGGUAGCCGGGUGCCAGCCUGGGGAGUAGUUUUGCUUCCUGCUAGCUCCGGGAUUCGUUUCCAGGCACCCCGUCGGGCGCCCGUGGCCCGGGAAGGGGGCGCAGGAGGAGGCGGGAGACUCGUCUCGGGGCUGCUAGGCCCGGCAGCGGGGUUGAUGGCCCGGGCCGUCCCGGGCAGCGGCGCCAGCUCCCUGCCACUGCUCCUGGCCCUCGCCCUGGGUCUAGUGAUCCUCCACUGUGUUGUGGCAGAUGGGAAUUCAACCAGGAGUCCUGAAAAUGAUGGCCUUCUCUGUGGAGAUCGUGGAGAAAAUUGCCCAGCUACGACCACACAGCCAAAGCGAAGAGGCCACUUCUCUCGGUGCCCCAAACAGUACAAGCAUUACUGCAUUAAAGGGAGAUGUCGCUUCGUGGUGGCCGAGCAGACGCCCUCCUGCGUCUGUGAUGAAGGCUACGCUGGGGCGAGAUGUGAGAGAGUUGACUUGUUUUACCUAAGAGGAGAUAGAGGGCAGAUUUUGGUGAUUUGUUUGAUAGCAGUUAUGGUAAUUUUUAUCAUUUUGGUGGUUGGCAUCUGCACGUGCUGUCAUCCUCUUCGGAAACAUCGAGAAAGAAUAAAGAAGGAAGAAGAAAUGGAAACUCUAGGUAAAGAUAUAACUCCUAUAAAUGAUGACAUUCAAGAGACUAGUAUUGCUUAAUGUCUAUGAAGGUACCUCCAGGCUGGUGGCAAGCUACAAAAUACCUUACUCAUUUGAAAAUGGACAGACUGUGUCUCAGGAAAACAGCUAGCAAAAUGAAUUUUAAAUAAUGUAUUUACUUUUUGUUUGUAAUGUUAAUUUGUGUUGUUUAUAUAAUAAUAAUAAGUAAUUUUAUUAUUAUAUAGUAUUUGGGAAAAGCACCCAGUUAAGAAGGGAAAUUUUAAUAAACUUCCACUUAAGUUUUGUCACCGGGAUUACUAGUCAAACAAAAAAGAAGAGUAGGAAGGAGUUUAGAUCCGAGGAAUUGAAUUAAUAAUAAAGCUACUAUU